UAAGUUAAGUAAAUGUGACAAAAAAUGUAAAAGUUAGGUAAAUGAGUUAAGAGCAUAUGCAACACCAAACUAUUCGUAAAAUCUCGUAACUCUUCCAAAUUCUCCGAUUCAAUCUUACAAUUUCUCGCGAAGAUUCGAACAAAGACGAAAUUCACAUUUUCUUCUUCGAAUUUGGCGAUCAGUGACGAAAUUGAAAAUGCAAAAUUGGUUUUCGGGAAGCAGUGAAGACGAUCUGAAACCUUCAUCGUCUUUGCUCGCUGAUUGGAAUUCAUACGCUUCUGCUCAAUCCUCACAGGAUGAUGAUCCUUCCAAUUUCCCUUUUGAUAUUGAAUCUGCUGUUAGGUCUGCUAACGACACCGUUUCGGGUACUUUCAGUGUGGUUUCCAAAGGUGUGAGAGAUCUACCUGGCAGCUUCCAAUCUGCCACUAGUAGUGUUCCUUCUGGCAAAGCGCUAGUGUAUUUUGGUUUGUUUCUGGCAAGUGGGGUCUUCUUUGUUUUCAUAGCAUUUACACUGUUCCUGCCUGUCAUGGUGGUUAUGCCCCAAAAGUUUGCUAUAUGCUUUACUCUUGGGUGUGGAUUUAUUAUUGGAUCAUUCUUUGCUCUCAAGGGUCCAAAGAAUCAACUUGCUCACAUGUUGUCAAAGGAGAGGCUCCCUUUUACAUUGGUCUUUCUAGGAAGUAUGAUAGGUACCAUAUAUGUUUCAAUGGUGCUUCACAGCUACUUUCUUUCUGUGAUAUUCUCUGUAGUGCAGGUUCUCUCACUUGGGUACUAUGCUAUAUCAUACUUUCCUGGUGGAUCUGCUGGAAUGACAUUUCUGACUUCUGCUCUUACCUCCUCAGUAAUGAGAUGUUUUGGGAGGUGACCUGUUUUUGGUUAAUAACAGUUGAGCUUGUGGAGGGGAACAAGAACAAAUACUUUGUGAUGAUGGACAAAAGAAAGGAGAGAAGCUAGUUUUUAUUUGUUGCUUAAUUGUACUUUAAGUCCGAGAUGUAUUAUGCUUGUGCAGUUUUGGUUCCCCAAGUAUUCAUCUUGUUACAAUCAGAUUCCUUCAUCACUGGGUUGUCUAAUUUUUAACGUAAGUAUCUUUUACAUGGCGUGUGGGUCUUAUUUUCCAUUCACUUAGGCAAGCUCAAUAAUGUCGUCAAGUAACAAGAUUAGUCCUCAUGUGCGUCAUAAAUCAUUCUACCAUGGACAACUACCAUUGGGGUGGUCCACGAUGAGACAUGAUUUACGAUCACCGGGUUAAUUCAUUUAAUAUAUCAUUUGUAGCCUUUUGGUGUACCAAACAGUUUCCCCGCUUUCUCUCGUGUUCAGGCUCGCCUCUUCUACUAGAGUCGCUGACCACCAGUUUCGUCUAUGGCGGCAAAGUCAUGGAUCCCCUAAAAGUGUGCACAAACGUUGGAGGCUUUACAAUAGUAUUGGCAAGUGUUUGGAUAUGUGGUGGGAGGUUUUGAAAUCACGGCAAAACAUCACGUUGAAGCUACAAAUAGUAGCUUCUGAUUUCACGGUGAGAAGGCAUCCAAUGCUCGGUGGCCGGUGGCGGUGAGAAAACAUGUAUUCAAAAUAUGCUAACUAAACUUGUUUCAUUCAAUGACUCUGAAUCAGAUCCACCACAAAAUCACCUAUAGUAAUAGUUUGCUAGAAUCUGCUUAAUAGCUUUUAGCAAGUAAGAUAUAAAAGUAAAAGACUGAAUGCAAGACUAUUACACCCGCUCUUUACAGAGAAAUAAUUUUUGUACAACUAAAUUUAGACACUUUUCCUAACAACUUUUUAAAUGGUUGAUAAAAUUUAAAUA